GAGAUGGAAAAAGAGAGCAAGAGAGGCUCUAGGUUCGGUUUAUGAUUACGCUGCUCAGGCUAGAGCUCUUGUGAUGUUUUGUAAGUUGGAGUACUGAACCAAAGGAUCCAUGGAGAAGGGUGGUAGAAGCUCUAGAGACAACAGCGACAAUCAUAACAGCAGCAGCAACAAGAAGGUUAGAGAGCCAUGGAGUUGUACCCAAGUGGGAAAAGGGGACACUGUUUGUAGUGACUUGAUAGGAGGCUUCUUAUGGCCUCCAAGGUCAUAUACUUGUAGCUUUUGCAAGAGGGAAUUUAGGUCAGCGCAGGCCCUUGGUGGUCACAUGAAUGUCCAUAGAAGGGACAGAGCUAGAUUGAGGCAGUCUCCACCAUGGGAUCCCCCACUUUCUAACCAUACCCCUAACCCUAAUCCAAGCGGUACCCUCAUCCCUAACCUUAAUGUUUCACCACCUUCUAACGCUAGUGAUACUAGGCUUUCUCCAAGGACCUAUAGAUUCCCCUCCCUUCUCUCUCCUCUCAACUGUUUCUCUUCCUCGUCAUCUUCGACCUCCUUAGCUGAACUGUUCAGCUCCAGAGGUGGAGAUUUGAAGGGCAUGGAAGCAGUGAAGGCCUUGUUUGGGGUUGAAGAGUUGAGAGAUCUUAUGAAGGAAGGCACAGCUGAUGAGUUCAGAAGGGAAGGAGAGGUUGUGAGACUGGACUUGGAGAUUGGAACACGAGGUGAUUCGGAGGAAGAUGAUUUGGAUUUAGAGCUUCGACUUGGUUACACUUAA